ACCGACUCAAUGGACAUGGGUUUGGGUAGACUCUGGGAGUUGGUGAUGGACAGGGAGGCCUGGUGUGGUGCGGUUCAUGGGGUCGCAAAGAAUCAGACAUGACUGAGCGACUGAACUGAAGUAGGGCUUAGGAAGACGUUUUUAACAGACUCCUAGGAUAUGUCUAAUGCAGACAGAAUACACUAGAGAGAGAUGGCCCUAGGUUAUCAUCUUUUGGUAAGUAGUAAAUCAGAGAGUCAACUAUAUGGCAGAGUUAUACAUAUUAUGGGGCUGCUGGAAAAAUGCUUCUAACCCUUUGGUUUUCUAAAGUAGGAGAUUGCUGAGCUGAGUUUUAGAGGAGGAGAAAGAUGCAGUCAUGUGAAAAUGACAGCUGGAAAGAUGUCUCAGGCCUUGGGCCUGAUGAGCAAAGGCACAGAGUGACAAACGGCAUGUGUCUUCAGGUCCAGUCUUUCGAGGGUCAGUGGAAACCAGAUGGUAAGAUGAGAUAGUUACACAGGUCACAGCAAGAACCAUGGACUUCUAUAGAGUAAGGAUUUGAAGCAGGGAGGGACGGGGAGCAAUGAAGAACAAAGUAGGUUUGUAUUUUAGUUAGAUCCCCAGUGACUGAAAGAGAUGAACACAAGGACAAGAAGAUUGUAAAGCCACAUCAGAUCACUAGGAGUUCUAGAAAUCAAGCAGCACAUAGAGGUUUUAAAAUUUGUUAGGUGCUUUUGCUGUAACAGUUUGCUUUUCAGAGGAACUUGGACAGAACUUCCACACUGCAGAAAUGUGGAAAAGUAUAUAGGCUUGCCUUCUGUGUUGCAGAUUUAACACAGUACAUAACACCUAAUCCGUGUUCAAGGUGACCGACCAAGUUUGGUUAGGUGACAUAAGCAUAUGUCCCUCAUUCCAAAAGUCACCAUAAAUGAGAUAUCUAAUGUUUGUACUUGGGGUUCUUAGCUCAGAGUCAUUACACCUUUGAUAAUUAAAUAUAUUAUAAACUAAACAAGUGGAAAGGAAUCGUCCACUUUCAUUUCACUUUUACUUACACUACAAAGUCGGGGGGAGGGGGGCGAGGAGACAGCGAUGAGAACCAAAAAGUGUACCACCUGCAGAUUUAUCAUCACACUCAAGUCACACUAAAAGAGCAUUUCUUCUUUUAAAACGUAAUAUUCAUAAGAAGAAGGGGCUUGUCUGCCACAUAAUAGGCACUCAGUAAUAGGUAAUGGACAAAUUAAUAUUCUCAUAAAGUGGUGUGUGCAGCAUAGAUGUAGGCCAGGGUUUUAACAUCGCUUGUUACUGGAACGUGCUCUGGUAGUCUUCAUUUUUUUCUCAAGUUAAAAAGUUUUGUCAGAUAUAUGCCCUGAUGAUGUUAUUUAAUCGUUGAUUUACAGUGAUUCUUGUUGCUUUUUAAACGUGUGGAAAUGGAUUACAACGAAGGCUGCUCGGAAUUUGACCAUCAUGACUCCGAUGGUAUAAAUGCCCAGCACAAACAUUAGAGCCCGAACGGGGUAAAAAAGCAGAGAGGGUAUUUGAAGGAGUCAGUUUCACUUGAGUAAAAGGGAGCUAAAGUUACACACAGUCCUUAUGGACUUGCAACCUGCAGCCGAUGGUAUGGUUUGCGAAGGAUAUACCAUGCCUGAAGUAUUGCAAGAUCCGGAAUUACGAGAAACAGGAAGAUUCAGGAUCAAUGCCAGAUUCUCUUUCAGCAGGCAUGUGUCUUGAGAGGAGUGCUGUGCUGCAUCCUAUUAUUGUACCAGUGUGUGUUGUGUACAUCGGCAGGAUUUUUUUUCAAAAAGGUGAGUAGAGAGCAACAGAAAAAGGGGGACGAGGGGAGAGUAGUGUGAUGCAGUGACAGCCACACAAAACUGCCGUAAAUCUGUUUUCUUCGAAGAUAGACCCAAAAUGGAGAGCCUGUUACGGCGUGGAGACUCCCGUUUCCUAUGCUCCUGUGUAUUCCGCUUGAAAAGGCAAAAACACUCCUCCCUGCUCCGAGGAGUUCCGACCUUUGUCUCUCUCGGCUUCCCAUUGGCUGUGGCCGCUAAACUCCCGCCUCCUCCCGCGCCCUUUCAGAGCUUCAGGGAGGGCGGGGGCUUUGUGACGUAGGCGUGACGUCCCCCAGGGGUAUAAAAGACCCUGCAGGGAGCGCCGUCUCCUCCAGGAGCCGCCGGCAAGGGGGCAAGGAGGAAGCUCUGUAGCGCGUAGCCGGAAAGGAGUAGGUGGGGCGAGUCUGGAGGAAAGCCCCCCCGCCCCCCCGCCUUGCGGCUUGGCGGCAGUUAGGCCCUCGAGACCUCUAGAGCGCGGUGUGGUUGCUGGAAGGUUCCUCUAGCGUCAGGAGAGUGGGAGGCUUGCGGGGAGGGGCGGGCCCACAUCCGCCAGUGAGGCGGUCAGCGCCCCUGGGGCGGACUUCGGGGUCCGGGGUCCGGGUCGGCAGGUCCGCCACCGCCAAAGUAGUCGAUGUGGAAUCGGGACGCCUGCUCUCCCAGUUGAGAUUACCGACAUCCCGCCAGCAUGAUUUCUUCAAAGCCCAGACUUGUCGUACCUUAUGGCCUCAAGACUCUGCUUGAGGGAGUUAGCAGAGCCAUACUCAAAACCAGUCCACCAAACAUCACCCAGUUCGCAGCAGUUUAUUUCAGAGAACUUAUUCUCUUUAGAGAAGGACAUCCUUGUCUGGAUAUAAAAGAUCUGGUUAAACAAUUUCAUCAGAUUAAAGUGGAGAAAUGGUUGGAAGGAACGGCCCAAGAGAAGAAAGCAGAAUGUGUGAGAGAGCCAGAAAGAACAUCUACCGUUUCCCUAGAGCCUAAACGGAUGGAGAAAUCGACGGACACAGAGGAGGAUAACAUAGCAGCGCCGCUGUUCAGCAGCAAAACCACGCAGUUCCCAUCAGUCCAGGCCGACCUGUCCCCAGAGCCUGAGGAUGCAAGCGAAGCACUCCGGGGCCCAUCCAACCCGACCAGCCCUAAGAACGCCACCCCACCGCCAUCACCGUUGCCAGCAGCCGUCACUUCCGAGUUUGCCUAUGUCCCUGCGGACCCUGCCCAGUUUGCUGCUCAGAUGUUAGGUAAUGUUCCAUCUGUUCAUUCUGAUCAAUCUGAAAUUUUAAUGGUGGAUGUGGCAACAAGUAUGCCUGGUAUUUCCGAGGAGAUGCUGAGCUCGAAGGCUGCUGAAGAGAAUGCGGUGGCCCCUCCUAGUGUGUGUUCUGGCAAGCUGGUAGCAGAGCAGGUUGUGAGCGAAAAAUCUGUCCAUGUGCGUGUGGGCAGUAAGGCUGAAUCACCAACGGCUUCCUCAUUCCCCUUGCAGGCUGAACAAGAACCUCCUGCUUGUGACCAUGCUCCUGAGGUCCCUUUGCAGGCUGACAUUGAGGUGACAUCCACCAUGCACAUAGCCUCUAUCUAUAAUGAUGAGCCUGUAAUCGAAGGAGUUACUUAUGUUGAGCAGUUACCAGAACAAAUAGUUAUCCCCUUCUCUGAUCACGUUGCUCGUCUUAAAGGCAAGGAGCAGUCACCACCACACAGUCCCAUACUUGUAGUAGGCAAGACAGCCUCACGCGGGUCUGAAAAAUCUGUGGGUUCUGCAAAAUUUGUGCAGUUGGAGAGUACAAAGUAUGACUCCUCAGUCCAUGUGGAGGCAGACAGCUCUACCAAAGCAGUGAGCUCUGAGAAAUCUAUGCACCUUGAAGUGGAGAUCUUUGCACUGGCCCCUGGCAGUGCUGGGCAGGAGUCCGGGGAAAACCCUGUGUCCCAGGAGACGGAGGUCAAACCCACGCGCUCAGGGUCCGUAAGAUCAUCUAGUGGCCCCCAACCUCCUGUUCCAGAAGGUCUUUAUGAACCAGAAAUGGAACCAGAACGGGACGCAGCACCUUCCAACGAGGUUUGAUGGAGCCAGGUAAGAAAAUUACUUACAAAACUAAAAGCUACACGUCUGGUGACAUCUCUCUCUCGGCUAACCGUCUAGGUGGGCUCCCUGCAGGCUGGUCAGAAGCCUUUCAAUAGUCCUGAAAAUGCCAAGCCUAUUUAAAUAAAGGCUUUGUUGUAUUUGAGAUUUUACUCUCAUGAGAUGAGUGACUUUAAAGUGACAUCACCACCGCUUGGCCUCAAAAUUUGGUCAUCGAGUGCUCGUCUGUUGUUUGGACAUACCGUGUCGCGAAAGGUGUUCGAGCCUGUUGUCAGGCACAAAUGUGUUCAUGUGAUCUGGAUACAGCUACUGCAAAACUGUAAUCACGGAGUGUUGGUUUGAAAUUUCUCACUCGUGAGCGUAAAAGCGAACAACAACAACGCAUUUAUCUAGGUGGUGGCGUUGAAAACAUGGAAGAAAUGGUGGUGUGUUUGACUGCUUUCGCGCUGAGGGAGAGCUCUGCAAGCUGGUCUGGGGGGCCGGUUGAGCACUGCCGUCUUGCCUGGGGGCUUCUCGCAGCGGAGGGAGCAGCUUCAUAGCUGGAUGUAGAGGGGAAAGGUCAAGGUGAAGUUCUGUCCCCCAGGGGAGCAGGGUGGUAGCGGCAGGAAGGAUGGACGUGUCAAGGCUGGUUGGCUUCCAUCAUUACCC